AUGCAUAACUGGUCGUUUCAUCUUGAUGUUUCAUUACAUCGCAAUUGCUACCAGCGACAGUUUGCAAGGAGCUGUUCUCACGAAACACAAUUACGCAUCAUUUGUCGUGCAGAAUAUGUUCGCGUGUUAUUACCAGUGUAUAGGAGAUAGACGAUGUCAGAGCUUGAACUUUUACGAAACGACCAAAAUUUGUGAGCUGAACAACCGCACUCGGAUCGUGGGACAUUUGCAUUUUCAGCCACGCGAAGGCGCCUUUUACAUGGAGAACCCCUUCAGAGGUAUGAAGUCUAUUUCUUAAUUUCCGUUCUUGUCUGUUUUCUUACUUUGUAAAUGAUUAUUACCUUAUGAAAACGAUAGAAAAUUGAGCCUUCUAUUCUCCAAACUGGCUACCAAAACUUAACUAAAAUCUAUCUGUUUGCAUGAUACAAAUUGUCUGAGCAGCCUGUGUCAUGUUUUGCCGAUUAAUUUACCUGUUCAUUCAUUGAUGUGUUUAUUCAUGGGUUUACCCCAUUUAUCAUCUGAACUUGCAGCACGUUGCAUUGUUUAUUCGUCAGCAGUCUAAUUCGAAUAUUUGAUAAGAUUUACUUUCUCUUCUUUGAUCUACUCCUGCAGUCAUCGUGGAAUGCACCGGCAAUCCAUGUCAGAAUGGUGGCACAUGUGAAUAUCAGGGGGAGGGACAGUAUACAUGCCGUUGUCCACAAGGGUACAGUGGGGAUCACUGCGAAAAGGGUGAGAAAAAUUAA